AUGGCGAACGACCUACCUCGCUUCAUCGAGACCGAUGAGGCCGGCAAUGUCACCGCCACGUACGUGGCAUCUCCCACGAGCAGUGAUGGUGUCUGCAGAGUGGAUGUGAUUCACCCUGCUACGAAAGCACCAUGGCAGAGGCUACUCGACAUCUUUCUACCGGCGGGCUUCCCUCAUAGUGUCACCGUGGAUUACGUGGAGUACCAGAUCUAUGACUCCUUGCAAGCUUUCUCGAGCAAUAUCGUGGGCCUGCUGUCCUCCCGCGCAGUCUUGCUAAGCGUCGGCGUAGGCGAUGCUGAUGCGUCACCAACAUAUGCUCUACUUCUCCACAUCGCUCAAGAGUCUCUCGGUCGUAUUGGAACCAUAGCGUUCGUGGCCCUCUACGGUACCGCUUUGGAGCCAGAAUGUAAGAUGUACAGACUGCUAGCCGAUGUAUUCAACGACUUUGCCUUCGUUCUCGACUGCUUGUCACCAGCCAUACCGAAGUAUCUGCGCGUCGUUACACUAAGCUUCAGCAGCCUGCUCAAAGCCCUGUGCGGCGUCGCUGCCGGCUCGGCUAAGGCGAGCUUAAGCGCACACUUUGCACAAUGGGGUAACCUAGGUGAGCUGAAUGCGAAAGACUCCAGUCAGGAGACUGUGAUCUCCCUUCUCGGCAUGUGGGUAGGUUCGUUGGUCUUGUCGUGGGUCCGCACACCGCAAGCAACAUGGACAACGCUUAUUCUACUGCUUGCUAUCCAUCUUGAGACGAACAGGAGGGCUGUCAGAGCCGUGGUCAUGCGUACGCUCAACCGGCAACGAGCGACACUUGUCUUCCAUCACCUACAACGCGGUCAUGUGCCGACACCAGAAGAGGUCUCAAAGCAAGAGCGUAUCUUUGAGCGGGGUGGCGUCCUUCGCUCUGCGGACGGACAAACUCUUGGCUUCUGUGCUGUCGGCAUGCCACUUCGAGAUCCACUUUGGUCACUAGCAUUCUGGGAUAAGCCGGGAAGGAACGCAAUGCAGACGAGUGCCAAAUGGCUGAAGAAGCUGGUCUCCACGAUGGCAGAGUCGCCUUACGUUCUCAUGCCACUAGAGCAGUCCAGCAAGCACAUGCAGCUGAGCAUCACACUUCGCAAGGAUGCGACCUCGGGUGCAGCGAUUGAAGCUUGGUGGCAAGCCUUGGCUUUCGCGGAAGGAUGGCGUGCAACGAAGCUGGGGCAUGUAACCUUUACUAUCGAGCCUCAGAUAUGGAGUGUUCUCGACGCUUCAGCGAAGUCUGCUAGAGCCCUGCUUGAGCGGCAUCGGCGACCGCUUGUAGAGGCGGGCUGGAACCUGGAUAACAAUGCACUGGAGACUGGGCAGAGCAGGCGCGUUAGGAUCGAGUAA